GUGAUUGGUUGGCCAUUCUUGUUUUUCGGGGUGGGGGGUGGGCAGCAGCGUGUGAGCCUCCCGUUCAGGCAAAGAGGGGCGACUGGAGGCGAUCACUUCCAUGGACCAUCUGUCUGCCGCGUCUCGACAAAGAAGGAGGACGCAGGAUGGUGUUGGUCCAUGUCGGAUAUCUGGUUCUCCCCGUCUUCGGCUCGGUUAGAAAUCGAGGAGCACACUUCCCCAGGCACCAACACAGCCAUGCUACCUCCUGCCGACACUUUCAGCAGGCGCCCAUCUCGGCCGAGUUCCCUUUAGGACACGGCGGCCAGCCCGCUCAGACGGGCCUGGCCAACCACCUCCCCCCCUCACACCAUCCGCCCCUCGCUACCUUGCCCGCCGCCCCGCAGUUCCAGGAGGUGUCGGGGCCUCCGUUCCUACCUCAGGCCUUACACCAGCAAUACCUCAUCCAGCAGCAGCUUCUAGAGGCGCAGCACCGCCGGAUUCUCCCACACUCCAGAAGGACCCAGGAACGGGUUCCCCUCAACCCGCACAGACUGCGCUCCACCUACGAGUACUCCCCACCCCUCCACGCCCCGCAGCCCGUCACCCAGCAGCCCAGGUACCUGGCUGAAGGCACCGACUGGGAUCUGAGCGUCGACGCCGGCCUCCCUCAUCAUCAGUACCACCUCCAGCAGCUGCCGCAGCACUACCAGCACUACCUGGCCUCCCCCCGAAUGCACCACUUCCCCAGGAACACGUCUUCUGCGCAAGUGGUUGUGCACGAAAUCAGAAACUACCCGUACCCCCAGCUGCACCUGUUGGCACUGCAAAGUCUCAACCCUUCCAGGCAUGCUACUGCUGUACGGGAGAGCUACGAGGAGCUGCUUCAGUUGGAGGACCGGCUGGGCAGUGUGAGCAGGGGUGCGGUGCAGACCACCAUCGAGCGCUUCACCUUCCCGCACAAAUACAAAAAGAGGAAGCCGUUGCACCUGAAGCUCGGCGGCGAAGAGGAGGAAACGGACGUGGAUGAGAAGUGUACGAUUUGCUUGUCCAUGCUGGAAGACGGCGAGGACGUCAGGAGAUUACCCUGCAUGCACCUCUUCCACCAAGGAUGCGUGGACCAAUGGCUGGCGACCAGCAGGAAGUGUCCAAUCUGUCGCGUUGACAUCGAGACACAGCUGAACGCCGACAGCUGAUGAGAUUUGCUGCCCCCCCCCCCUGCGCCAUAUCCUAGCCCCCUCCUGCUUCCCCCCCCCCAUCCCCCCUCCUCCCGCACCAGGUGGUUUUGCCAAAUGUCUCCUGACUUUUGAUGUGACAUCUUUUUGUUUUCUUUUGGACUCUCGCUUUACUGAGCCAAGCCAAGGGAGUACAAGUGCAAGAGAACUCUGUCGCACC